GCCAUGUUCACACUCUUCUAAACCGCUAAUCCAGCCUGCAUUUAUGUAGUGAUGAACCGCACGUCCAGAAGCAUCCUUUAUCAACUCCAUAAUCCUCCACGUCCCGUCCCGUCAAUCAUACAAUGGCUUUGGUAUUGAAAAGUCCUGUGGCUCCCUCCAAUCUCGACAAACGUUGGUCCCCUCCAGCAUUCGCAGAAUCGACCUUUGUUGAUUCGUCGUGCUGUCCCUCACUGGCACUGAACUCGCCAGUGUCGACUAUGACCACUGACUCCCUCUCAUCUGCAUACCUACCUUCCACAUCCGAAGAUCCACAGCCUCUAUCUACUGUCGUCGCCCACGACAUGCAAAGUUCGGGUUGGUACAGCUCAGGAAUACCAGCAAGCACAUACGAAUUUAGCUUUGAUAACACAUACAUCACCCCCUCUUUAGGCCCCUUCUCGCCUCCAGAGUAUUCCAAAGCAGAAGGACUACCACAUAUCGACACCAGCAAAGUAGCAGAGUCGGCUUACAACUUUGGCUCAUCGUACGAUUCGACACUACCCCCAAGACCUCGAAGUAGCCCCAGUACCUUUAGCCCCACUUCUGGUCCUCGUAUUGAAGACUUCCUUUGGCAACAACAGUCAAACGGUCUUGGUAUUUCUCAUCAGUCAAGCCCUCCCAUGGACCCCCUUCACAACUACCCAUAUGGCCCUCGGACGCCUCGGCAUCAUACCGAGCCAGCUAUACCUAGUGUAAAUGAUAUUAAUGCACCUCAGCCGAGGCGGACGUACAUUCCUCUAGCACCGAACCCGUCCCAGCAGGCUCAGUCUCAGUCAUCCAAGAAGCGGCACCGGGAUUCGGAAGAACCCCAUGAUUCCCCAAACAAACGAAGAAUACGCUCAGACUCUGCCACUGUUACACAGGAACUUACGGAAGAAGACAAGCUUCUACUAAAACUCAAGGACGAGGAGAGUCUACCAUGGAAGGACAUCGCGAUGAGAUUCCAAACGGACCUUGGCAAGACGUGUCAGAUCCCAGCUCUUCAAAUGCGUCUCAAGCGGCUGCGGGAGAGACUUCGGGUGUGGACCAACGCAGACGUUCAAGCCCUCCAUCUAGCCCAUGACUACUGGAUACAAAGCAAAUACGAGAUUAUCGCCUCCAAAAUGAUUGAAUAUGGAGCAUCAGACCGAUGGUCAGCACGACAAUGUGCGCGAAAAUGGGCAGACAUUGAUCCAGGCCCAACACCAUACACAACUACCACUACUUCUUCCUACGAAAGCCCGAUGCCACAGUAUGCGACCAGUCCACCAACAGAUGCGCACGCCUUCUUGCCAUAUAUGCACAUUCAGCAGUAAUGUUCCCAAGCCAGUUACCCAACAUUCAAUAUUUGAGUUCAGCCACGUACCUCCUAUAGAGCUACAUGGACAAAACAACUACACUGCAUAGCAAUUACCUUCUGGCCAACCACCAUCCUCCACGGACCAUCUCUUCUGGUAUAUGGCAUUACAAAAUUUCUACUUCGGAUUUUGCCGGAGUUGUAUAUAAAGUUGAUUACUUACGCAUUGGGCAUGGCGCAACAUGUGAUGAUACCUCUUACCUGUACAAUCUACCUGGGGCAGCAUAUAAAAUAUUACGAUGACCGACGACGAAAUGGGAUUUUCGCGUAACGACGAGGAUGAAGGGGCAUACGAUACCAAUAGCAUAACGCAAAAGCGUUGCGAGAAUAACAAGACAAU